AUGGCCUCCAAACUCAUCGCCAUCGUCGCUGGCGUCGGCGCCGGGACUGGCGCUUCCGUCGCUCGCAAGUUUGCCAAAACCUACCCUGUCGUGCUGCUCGCGCGGAAGCCAGAGAACUUUGAGUCGCUGGCCGAUGAGAUCAACAAGAGCGGCGGCAAGGCAAUCGGUGUAUCCACCGACGUAUCUUCUCAAGACUCACUCAAAAGCGCUCUUGACAAGAUCAAGCAAGAGUUUGGCAAUGACGUGGGCGCCGCGGCAGCCAUCUUCAACGCCUCCGGCGGCUUCCUGCGCAAGCCGUUCCUCGAAACCGACGCCUCUGUGUUCGAGCAGAGUUUCAACGUCAGCGCUCUGGGCGGAGUUCUGUUCAGCCAGACAUUCUUGCCCUUGCUGCUUAAAGGGAAAGAGCUUGGAUCUGAGCACCCACCUAGUCUGAUCUUCACGGGGGCUACUGCGUCGGUGAAGAGCAGCGCGCAGCUGGCGAGUUUCUCGACGGGCAAGUGGGCGCUCAGGGCGUUGAGCCAGAGUCUGGCCAAGGAGUUUGGACCCCAGGGUUUGCAUGUUGCGCACGCGAUUAUCGAUGGAGUGAUUGAUAUUCCGAGGACAAAGGAGUGGUUGAAGGAUUUGGGACCCGAGGCGAAGCUGAGCUCUGAUGGGAUUGCAAACGACUACUGGUAUCUGCACACACAGCCUGUAACGAACUUCACUUGGGAGCUGGAUACCAGGCCUGCGGUAGAGAAAUGGUAA